UACUCUUUAUUUUAUGUUAAAUGUUUUAUUCAAUUUUAGUACUGUUAACUUAUUUUUUUGUUUGUUGAUGCAACCAUUCUAGUUGGGAUUUAGUUAGCAACCAGACCUGGUUGACUAGUUCGUAACUAUAUGAGUGACACCUAACCAAGUUCCAUUAAUUUACCAUGAGAUAAAUAGAAAUACUAUUAGGAGAACCUCUUCACUGCAAUGUAUCCAGACAGAUGUUGAGCCAGAAUUGAAUUUUUCAAGUGUGAAUAAGAAAAUCUGUGGGCUCUGCUAUUUGAAUUUUGGUAUGUACUAUGAUUGGUAGAGGAAUUUCUCAUGAUUGUUGCAAAAGUAAAGCUGUUAACAAUAUAAUUGAUAUUAGUGAAUCGCUUGGAUAUAAAGGUGCAGAGCUUCUGGAUUGUUAAAACGUAAAAUGGAAUGUGAAAACAUUGUAAGUGGAGAGCAGUUCGUUUUGUCUACUGGUGGAAAUCUUCUUUCUGUUACAGUUGGAGUAAAUGAAAAUAAGUCGAAAAGAAAGAAAGUAAAUCAAGUUUCAUUCCAAACUAUUAUGGAGUUAUCGAAUGUAUUAGAACUCUCUAAGAACAAAACUAAAAAACUGUGUUCUACUUUACACAGUAAUCUAACUGGUGUAGAAUCAAACAUUAAUAUUAAAAUGACUGAAUUACAGGAUACUCUAGAAACUUUAUAUGAAUGUAAAACUGAAGAAUUCCUUGACGGUGAUGAAAUAGUUGUUAGAGAUAUAGUUUAUGUCAAGAAUACAACUGAAUUUAUCAAAUUUAUAAUUGAUGAAAGAGGUAUUGAUAUCCCUAAUGCAAUAGCAAGAAUAUCUAUAGAUGGUGGUCAAAACUUCCUUAAAGUUAUUAUUAAUGUUUUUGAUCCAAAAAAUCAUUAUUCUUCAUCCGAAAUGUAUGAAGAUUCUGGUGUGAAACGUUGUUUUAUCCUUGCUAUUGUGGAGAUGGUUUCAGAGGAUAAUGGCAAUCUCCAAAAAUUAUUGGAACCUUUGAAACUCGAAGAAGUAGAUUUUAGUUUAGCAUUUGAUUUAAAAUGUGCAAACAGUGUUUUUGGACUUUCAAGUCAUUCUGGCAAAUAUGCUUGUCUUUAUUGUGAAGGAGAAUGCUCCCUCAAAGCAGGGAAACUAAGAACAUUGGGUUCCAUAGACUUAUGUUAUGAUCAAUAUGUAUGUGAAGGAAAAAAAAGACUAAAAAUGCAGGAUUACAAAAAUGUUAUAAAUCCUCGUUUAAUAUACUUAAAAGAAAAUCAAGAAACAAUUCUUGAACACAUUGUUCCUCCUCCUGAGCUCCAUAUUAUGAUGGGAGUCGUGGAUAAACUUUGUACUAUGCUUUUAUGCGUUUGGCCACCUUUUCAGAAUUGGUUAAAAACACAUUACAUAUUAAUGAUAGGAUACCAUGGAGUAGGUUUAGAUGGAAACAAUGCUAAUAAAUUUAUGUCCUUGUUAGAUGUUUUGGAGAGGGAUGUUACCUUAACUGCAACGAUUGAUAUUUUACCAAUAAUUAAUUGUUUGCGUAAGUUUUUAUUAGUAAAAUCAGCAGUGUUUGGUUUAGAAAUGGGUGCAGAUAUUUCUGCUAAAAUCGAAGACUUCAAAUGUUUUUUUUCAAGUCUUAUUAUAUGCAAAAUCAAGUCUAUAUAUCAAGUAUAUAUAUCAAGUCUUAUUAUAUGCAAAAAAUAUUUUUGACUGGAAAAUACAUAUUUUAGUGUGUCAUAUUCUUCCCUUUAUAGAACACAAUAAUAUUAGCUUAGGAAACUAUGCAGAACAAUGUGGUGAAGCUGUUCACCACAAAUUUAAAAAAACUUGGGUGAACUAUAAAAGAACUAUAAGUCACAAAAGUUAUGGAAAAAAGCUAAAAUCUGCUGAAGUUAAUUUUAAUUUAAAUAAUCAGUAGCAUUAAUAUAAUAUGUGUUAUAUAUUUAUUUGUUA